CUGACGAUAAGAGCAGACGGCUAAGAAAACUUACUUCAAUGACGUCACAAGGGCUAAUUCGCCCCUGCGAAUCUAUAUACAAUCUUGUCUAUACCUGUUUUGUACAAAUGCUGCCAAAAUCUGCAUAUAUACAACUGGUAACUGCCUUCAUUUUGAGCGUGAAAGAGAUUAAGUCAGCAUCAACAUUUCGUGCGAAGGCCCUUUGUCUAUCUGAAGGUUUGUUACUUGUGUUUUCGGUAUAUCACAAGACAGAAUUGGAAGACGGAUUUUUUGUUGAAUACUUCAUUAUCUAACAUCAGAUUGUCUUGGAUCAUGUUAUGAAGCCGCUGAUCACCUGAUGACACAAAUACGAUACCUUUAUCAAAUAACUUGAUUUCCGAGGCUGAUUUCCUGAUUUCUGCUGAGUUCAUCAUUCCUUGAAGAUAUCAGUUACAGCAGUCAGUUGCAUGGUAAACUUGGUAUAUUGUAUAAAGUUUGUAUUAAUAGGGAGUUUACGCAUGGAUAAUACGGCGACGUCAGGACGACGGCUAAACAAACUUUUUAAAAUAAAUGUAUUUGUCUUGUAUUUACUUUCGUAUGAUUUCAAUACAGAUACAGUUUCGAAUGGUUAAAACAGAGCUUUUACUCUUCAGAGCAAAUUUUAUUGCCGUUGUUAGAAAAAUUACCUGUCGAUCAUGGCUUGAAAUCGGCCGGCGAAAUAUUCGAGACGUGAAAAUAUGCAUUUUGCCGUUGUCAACAGAAGCUUGAACGACAUGACUUCCUUACUAUAGGCUUUUAAUUAAAUGUCAUUGUAUUGUCAGAAGUCGUCUUCGCGUUGUCGCGCUCCCUUGACUCCCUAUAAUGUAUUUAGUACCAUUUAUACUCAAACUUUGGAGAAAUUUGAACAUGAAAUCUGAAUAUUGUGAGAAUCUCAGAAUCAUGACUAAUAUCGUUAGAAAACCCCAACUAAAAGGAUUUCGUUCCCACAGUCCCAAUAUUCAAAUAUUUUGCUAGCAUUUUUGUGAAUCCUGAUUUCGAAAUCAUCGCAUGAUUUCCAGCUGAUUGCAAGUUCCUGAUUUCUGAACCUGAUUUCCAAGUCGAGUGUACGAGUUUCUGCCUUGACGGAUCUAGAUUUGCUGCAAGUCACCUAGUCGUGAAGUCGCCGCAAAUUCCUUACUCUUCAAGAAAUUACUUCUUCGUUCUAAACAAAGACGAAGGACUUUGCGAAAGUCUAUGACGGACCCGUCAACGCGCGCACUCGCAGCUUGAAUAUAUAUUAAUUAAACUACAAUCUUUGCCAGAAACUAUGAGACAGGUGCUGUAAUUCAUAUAAAUUGAAAGGCGUAGCGCCCAUUCCCCCCCGUUCCCCCAGUUCAAUCUUGGGCCAACAAAAAUCUGAUGUCUGGUUGCGAGACUCCAACAUUGAAACGGGUGGGGGGAGGGAGGGUGGAAAAGUGUAUCACGACUGAAAUGGUAUAUUAAUAUUACAACCGAAUGCAUGUGAAAACUAGAUUGUCCCAAUCUAUAUUGUCAAAGAUUGUAGCUAUAAGUGCAUACGGAUGUGUAUAAUAAAACUCUCAGGUUUUAUAUAUGCUACAACCGCCAAUAUAAUGCAUUGCGAAUACAGUCCAUCAGACUCCAUCUUAUUCAUAAAUUAAGAUAUACAUAAUAAAUAAUAAUCUCAGCGGUGUCUUGUCAUACUUCUAUAGUUCUAUUAUACAGCUAUUUCAAUUAAGGUUGUCCCCCGACCAAAGCGGAAAAGUCGAAUACGAGCUCGUAUUCGACUUUUCCGCUUUGCUCGGGGACAACCUUAAUUGAAAUAGCUGUAUAUCUUCUUUUAUCUGUUAUUAAAUCAGUCACAUGCAGUGAAGCAAGUUUUCUAUAUGACGUGUUUUUGGUGGGUUUCUAGUCGCAACAUUAUACCAUUACGAUUUACGACUAUAUAUCACCGUCCAACCAUCUCCAAUUCACAGAAUAGAGAUCGCUGAAAGCCAAAGUGGUCAAAAUACUUUGUCAAAGUUUCCUUGUUGACCGGCCAUACAGACGAGAAAAGUCCGUUGAACUUUGCCAAUUUUCUCUAUGACAAGUGCCCUCGUUCAAAAGCUAGAGCUUUAAACUUUUGGGCUAGAAAACAUGUCAUAGAAAAACUUGGUAUAGUUGACUACGAGACGAGCAAAUAGAUCUUGAAUGUCGUAUGAAAACUUGUCAUAGAAAACUUGCUUGUCUGUAAUCGGCUUUACAAGGCGGUAUUAUUAGGCUAUGUAAAAAAUACCCCGGUUUAUCGAUCAUCAAGUGGUAACAAAAAAAUCCGUGCGGGCGGGCGGAUUUUUUUAUUUUUUUAUUAACCAAUACAUUUAGUAGAUGCAUGGACGAAUUGGGUUCCGUUCCAAACUCGUUCAUGAGUUCUGGUCUCUGGUGUUACCCGGAGAUAUUUGAAGCACAAAGCUGUCAAGGAAUUCGAUAAUCUGCAUUUUGAUUAAGCGUUAAGACAAUAUCCUCUCACGCGAACACGAAUGUACAAGCAAAAAUACAUCACACACACCACAGAUUUUAGGUAAUAUUUAUUGUUUUCAAUUUCAUGCAUUCCAUAAAGACGGCAUCCAGAUGUUUAAAAUUAUCGAUAGAAUUUCAGGUCACCUUGGGUCAGUAUUGUGGCGGACAAAGCAAUUAUAUAGGUGGCAUGCCGUGGUAAACAUACAUGUUUUGAAAAGGUUCAGAAAUCCCAUGUGUGGAAAUUAUAUUGAACAUAUCUGUGGAUCUGUUUACUGUAGCUUGGGUUAAAUAUGCAUUUCUUGGGUAUUAUUAAUACUUUCGCAAGACUAGUCAAGUCAAAACCUGAUAGACAGGUAUUGUGGCUGUUUGUAAUUGGCUUUAACACAAUUAGGACUUUGUCCUCUGAGAGUUCUUAUUAAAUCAUUAAUUCCCUUGUCUUUGUGUAGGAAACAUCGCCUGAAGUGCAGUCGGAUCAAAACAUGAAACAAAAUUUUAAAAGUUCAGUCCGGUUUCAAGAUGAGGAAAUCUUGGCUGGAUUUAAAUUCAAGAUGCAAUAUUUGGGCUGUGGUGAAGAGCUCAAAUUUGGAGGCACUGACCAUGAAAUGGCGAACGUGAUACAUGAUAUCCAUACGUUAUAUGCGGAGAGAAAUACCAAGCCCAGCAAAGCUCGGACGGUGGUUGUAUUCGUAGACGCUGAAAAGAUAAACAUUUUCAACGAAACUGAAGAUGAAAUAUUACUAACUUUCCCCUUGGUUUAUGUAAAAGAUGUGACAGCAUGCCUAAACCAAGCUCCUUAUUCCAAAACCUGCGUCCUCCUAGCGAAAGACUAUAAUGACCCUUUGUAUAAGGCUUUUGUCUUCUACUGCAAAACCACAACACGGGCAGCCGAAUUUUAUCAUUUCACCAGAAGCGCUUUUCAACUCGGUUUUAAAAGGAUGGAAAAUGAUAGUUUAAAUUCCGGAUCGACAGCCGAUGAAGAAACGCUUGAGUCCUUGAGUAACUCCACCCCGAAUGCGAGUUCCACAAAAGCAAAUGGGCAGCUUCGAGAAGCGAAAAAUGAUGAAAUAGCCCCGGCCGGCUUAGACGAUAACGAUGGCGAAUGUGAUUCACUACAAAAAUUUGGAAAGAACUCCCCUGAAUCAGAAAAGCUUCUGAACUCUGGUACUGAAUUCUUACAAUUGAAAAACAAAGCGGAUCAAAGGCAGAGUAGGAAAUCUUCCCAACGGCAACAGACUGUUACAGUGCGACUUUCAAACAAGGAUAGCAGCUUCGUAAGACAUGAAAAACAAGAGAUAAAAUUCAACUUAAACCUUGGUGAUGAAAACAAUAACGCAAAUCCUUCAAAGAUUGGUGUUUUUAUGGAUACGGUUGGCGAAUCCCGAUUUCUCAUCCCGUAUUGGUUCAGAAAUUCGUGCAGAAAAUUCCGAAAAAUGUCCGGUCAACGCACGUCAUGUGAAACUGCUCAAGACGUUUAAUUUGAAAUGUUGCCAGGAUUGCAUGAUUUUGCGAAACAAUGUUUCGUAAACACCAUCUGUGAACAUUUAGGAAUUCAUGUGUUUAUGAAUGAUUUAAUUGACCUAGACGUAGUUGACAACCCGCGGUUGAGCUGUUUUGAUUUCCAACCGCUACGACGUUUGAUAAACAGAAAACGUGAGUGUUGCAAUGUUUUCAAAAAGAACACUAGUAAUAAAAUUGAUUUUUGAUUAUUUUGCUACCAUAUGUGCAUGAAUAUUUAGGAACUGAUUAAAUUAAUUGAUAGUGAUCGCUGAUAACCAGUUGAGAUUUCAGUCAAUGUCUGAUGACCCGGCUAACCGCAAUGAUUUUUAUUGAAAAGCAGGGCUUGCAUAUAAGAUUUGAUUUAGACCCGAUGAGAGUGCUGUCACUGCACGAGAUUUGGCAGUCAUGGGACCUGUUCUUAUUAAUGUUUUUCCAACACACUGAUGUAUUUUAUUCAGUUAUUGAAGUUAAAACGUAGUUAGAACACUCACUAAACCUGUAUUUUGUUAACUCUUGCAACAAUGCGUGGCUGCCAACUCUUAUCAACUCUCAUCCUUGUUUGAUUGGGAAUUAUGAUCUGGAAUUUCGGUAAAUUUCAAAAUCCUUUAUAUAUACGACCUACGAUUUUAUGUUCAGACGGCUUCAUCCGAGGCUUGAUCGUGUACAAAAUGUUCAAAAUUUUGCUUAUUUGAUAAUAUUUCGAUCGACAAUACGGUUGAGUGAAUCGCGAGGUGAUCAUUGCUUCGUUAUGCCAAAAAGUAAUUGUUUUCAAUCUCGACUGGCCGUACACUAUUAAUCUGUAUGAACAUGAACAAUAAGUUUAGCCAAGCUACCAGAGUCAGACCAUAUCUUGGUGGACUACAAUGUUAAUUAGGAUUAUUUCAUGAUUGACUCGGUUUUCUUUGAUGUACCGCGGGCUGUAUAUAGCAUAAUGCCCUUGAAUACCAUACAGCCCUAAUUAGUCAAGAAAUAAGCGAGAAAACUAGAAAAAUACUUGUCGAAAUCGAAAAAAAAGAAUAAAACUUUGUUAGAAAACUUCUUCAAUCAUGAAAUAAGUCAGUUAAUUACCUCGAAUGUCGGGCUUUAUGCUAUAUAAAGCCCUCGAACGCUUCGCGUUCUCGGGGCUGUAUAUAGCAUUAAGCCCUCCUUCUCGGUAAUUAACUCUUACUUAAUUAGUUUAAAGGCUUUCACCAAGGAGGACAGACAAUGAAAAUUUUGAAAAAACUUUUAGCAUAUAUAAAUUGUAAAUAUUUGAGAUUUCAUUUCGCUUAAUUCAAUUAAAGGACAUUGGCAGUGAAAAAUUAGUUCAGUUCAUUUGAAAGAACUCUUAAAACUAUAUAUUAAACUCUAUUAUAGAUUGUUUAUAUCUUGCUUAGUUUUCAAAUUAUUUCAACUGAAAAAAGUGAGCUGUUCGCCAUCUUGGAUUAUUGAGGAUAUGCAUGUUAAAACGUCAAGAGAGGGGGACGUUAAUAUUUUUUCUUGAGAGUAAGCGAUCAAUAUGGGUCCUAUUACAGGUAAUUAAUUCUUGCAAAUGGAAAUCCAGACCUAAUGCAAACAUCGCUCACCAUAUGCCGAUCCUAAUGUAAAUUGUAGAAACUCCUUGGUUGAGUUAUUUACGGUUCAGCAGUCGGCACAUGAAAAAUUUAAUUCGAUGUUUGAAUUAGGCCUAACAAGGCUUAACUGAAAUUUGAGUUUGGCUUAAGAGUUAAGGCUUUCGGCAGAUAUCUUAGACAAUGAUUGCAUUUAAAUCAAAGAAAAUUGUUUUGUAUAUUUUAGCAUUUAUUCUAUUCACUUUCAUUCUAAUUAUAAUUAGAUUUAAUUAAAAUGUGAAAAAGAAUACAAAUGAUGUAUAUCUGUUUAAUAGCAGUUCAGUAAAUAACGCCUAAUGAAAUUAUUCGUAUAUUAAUAUAUUAUUUGAAC